AUGAACCAGCUUAGAAAACUAGCUCCUGUUGGUGGUGGCGGUCUUCUGGGCCUUGUUGGGCUAGGUCUUCUUGGAUACGGAGUGCAACAAUCACUUUAUACAGUUGAUGGAGGUCACCGCGGUAUUAUGUUUAGUCGCAUUGGCGGUGUAAAACCCGACAUUUACGCUGAAGGGCUUCAUUUUCGUGUUCCUUGGUUCCAAUAUCCUAUUAUUUAUGAUAUUCGCUCCAAACCAAGAAAAAUUACUUCGCCCACUGGAAGCAAAGACUUACAAACAAUAAAUAUUACUGUCCGCGUGCUCUCUCGCCCAGAGGUCUCUAGUCUGCCCGAACUUUAUCGUACUCUUGGCACUGAUUAUGAUGAGCGAGUUCUUCCUUCGAUUGUCAACGAGGUGCUAAAAGCAGUUGUGGCCAAGUUCAAUGCAAGUCAACUCAUUACGCAACGCCAGCAGGUGUCGUUGCUCAUUCGCAAACAACUCAUUGAUCGCGCUCGUGAUUUUCACAUCGUUGUUGACGACGUUUCCAUUACCGAUCUUACCUUUUCUCAAGUCUACGCGUCAGCUGUCGAGGCGAAACAAAUUGCUCAACAAGAGGCUCAGAGAGCUCAGUUUUUGGUCGAACGGGCCAAGCAGGAGCGUCAGCAAAAAAUUGUAAUGGCUGAUGGUGAAGCACAAGCGGCUAAGCUCAUUGGUGACGCCUUACAGGCAAAUCCUGGCUAUCUUAAACUGAGGAAGAUCAAGGCGGCUGCAAACAUUGCUAGAACGAUUUCGCAGUCGUCCAACCGUGCAUUUCUCAAUUCAAAUACGUUGCUCCUCAAUCUAUCUGAUCCCCAGUUUGAUGCCAGCGUCGAUAAAGUCAUUAAACGGCGAUAG